AUGGCACCUACAAAGCUCGAUCUCCUUAUCCUAGGGGCGGGGUGGACCUCGACAUUUCUGAUACCUCUGCUGGAAAAAGAGGGGAUUUCUUACGCAGCUACCACCACUACCGGUCGGGACGGGACUUACAAAUUCCGGUUUGAGGGUAGUGAGAAGAACGAGAAGGAUAACCAAGAGCAAUAUGCAGCGCUUCCCACCGCCAAAACCGUGCUAAUCACCUUUCCUUUGAGAGGAGAGCAUCAGUCUACACACCUCUACAACUCAUAUGUUGAAACUCACAAUCCAGAUAAUGCUCCGUAUCAGUUCGUCCAACUCGGGAGUACCGGCAUCUUCACCAUUCCGAAUCAGGAUCUCUGGGUCACGAGACACUCGCGAUACGAUAAAUCGAAUGCGAGAGCGAUUGCUGAGGAUGAGCUGCUACAGCUCGGUGGGUGUGUACUGAAUCUUUCAGGCUUGUGGGGCGGUGCCAGACAGCCCCGAAACUGGAUCGACCGGGUCGCGUCGACGAAGGAGAAACUCAAGGAGAAGACCUCUCUUCAUCUGAUUCACGGGCACGAUGUUGCGAGAGCUAUUGUGGCUGUCCAUCGCAACUUUAGCCGGGCGAUGGGCCAGAGAUUUAUGUUGACCGAUCUUCUGGUUCACGACUGGUGGGCCUUAAUCCUCGGCUUCUGUGGAGAAGACUCAGAGAAGAAUGAGAAGCCUCCGCAGAUCGAGUGGAUCAGAGAAUUGAUGGCUGACAAUCACAUCAAGGCCUUGCCGAGAUCGAUGGAGCAGCUGGGAAGAUGUUAUGAUUCUCAAUCUAAAACUUUCACUGGCGACCUUUCUUUUGAAUUCAGCGAUUCCUAG